CUUAAACGGAAACCCCCUCAGCCUCGCCGUCGGUGAGUUCGCCACUGGCUCCCAGACUUCAGAGAUACUCACGCCUGGGUCGACCCGUUUCGGCCCCCUUUCUCCGAGCCUCUCGCGCGUGUCGUCGGAACGAAUAGCCGGGUCGGGUUCGGUUCUGCGGUUGGCAGCAGCAUCAUGGCGUCAGGCGGCCCUAUGAUGAACGGGGACAUCUCUCGCUCUCCUGCUCAGUCCGGCACGCUGGAGGAGACCGUGCAGCAGAUGAACAUCCUCAUUCAGGAGAACCGAGACCUGAAAGAGGCGCUGCGUCAGACCAACCUCACGAUGAAGGAGCGCUUCGAGGGUUUAUCAGCGUGGAAGGAGAAGCAGGGCCAGGAGAGGGAGUUCCUGGAGGGCCGGCUCCAGGAGGCGCGGCGCUGCGUGGAGACGCUGACCCUCCAGAACCAGGAGCUGAGCAAGAAGCUGGAGGCGGGAGGUGGAUGUCAGAGUGCGGAGGUGGAGGCCCUGCGCGCCCAGGUGGCCCGUCUACAGGCCGAGAAGAACGACCUGGUCGCUCUGAACUCUGAGCUGCAGCUGAAGGCGGAGCAGGGAUCCGAGGACGACUCGUUUAUUGAGAUCAUCAAAGUGUCGGACGCGGGCAUCGAAGACGUGAGCAACGCGUGCGGCUCGGAGCGCGUGCGGCGCCUGGAGCACAGCAUGACGGCGUCGCGGCUGGAGAACGAGGAGCUGACGGUCAGUCAGCUGCUGCAGUCCCUGAGGAACGAGACGCAGAGAUGUGAGCGCCUGCAGGCCGAGCUGCAGGCCUGCGCCGCCAGAAUCCAGGAGCUGGAGGAGAAGAACGGCGAAAUGGAGAAAACGAUGAAAACAAUCCAGACUGAGACCAAGGAUAACGCCACCAAGGAGGACAAGGCUGCCUCCGAGGUGGAGAACCUGAAGUCUCAGGUGAUGACGCUCUUCAAGGACCUGCAGCAGGCCCAGAGCAAGCUGGAUGAAGCUGAAGGCAUGAAGAAGAACCUGCAGGACAGAUGUCGGGACGUGGAGCAGGACGUGGCCUCUCUGAAGGCCCAGCUGGUGGAGAAGCAGGCCGUGCAGUCGGAGAACGACCGGCUGAAGCUGCAGCUGGGCAGCCUGCAGGCCCAGGGCCAGAUGGAGCAGAAGAAGGCCGACGAGGAGAGGAACAACCUGGCACAGCUGAAGGAUGCGUACACCAAGCUGUUCGAGGACUACAACGAGCUGAAAGAGGAGAAGAAGAGAAAAGAGUCGCACAUGGUGGAGAGGAACCUGGCGGAGGACCUGCAGCACCGGCUGACCGCCGCAGAAGAAGCGCUGGUCGUCAAGCAAGGCAAGAUCGACGAGAUGAAGCAGGAGAUCUUCCAGAAGGAGAAGGAGCUGGAAACCAUCUCUGUCUUCCAGGCUCAGGCCGAGGUGUACUCCUCAGACUUCUACGCGGAGCGAGCGGCGAGGGAGAAACUCCACGAGGAGAGGGAGCGCCUGGCCGCUCAGCUGGAGUUCGUGAAGAAGCAGAACACGCAGCUGCAGCAGGACAUGGAGUCGCUGGGCCGGCUUUCGCUCAAUGAAAUGCAGCGCAGACACGGAUCGGCCGGAGCGGGUCCACGCGGAGCUGAACCGAGUCUCGUAGGAAGAAGUACGGACUGGAACCAGGACCACAUUCCCGAACACGCCUGCCCCAAGUGCAACGAGAUCCUUCCCGACCUGGACUCCCUGCAGAUCCACAUCAUGGACUGCAUCAACUAGACCUCCAUCACUAUAAGCUCCCACAACAACACCACGGGCUGCAUUAGCGCCUAUAGCUGAGUCUUCCUCUGCUUUGACCUGCACUGUUCCCCCUUAUGUCUGAUGCCUCAGGAUCCAAAGAUAUGGUUGCAAGAUAGAGACUUUUAUUUCUGGAAGUAAUGGGUCUAAAGAGGCUUCAUUUAUUAAGCCCUGGCAUAGAAUGGUGUGCAGAAAUCCUCAUUCACCAAGUUUUAAAUAGGGAUUAUAAAAAAAAAUGCAUACAGGCUAAUCCCAAUACUGUCUAAUAGGACCCUAAUUUUUUAUCUUAAGCUUCAGUUUGUUCAUUUUGUCAAAAAAAAUACAUAUUUCUCAGAAUUUACAGAUUUUAAAGCAACAGAUACUUAAUGACGGACCCAUAAGGCAGGUGAAACGCGUGUCAUUUGCUACAUGAAAAUCUCUGUAAAUGUUGUAUAACGUCUUAUUUUAACAGCGUACAAGCGAGACAGAACGCAUACAUGUCGUGUUUUAGAAACGCCGUGUGAACUCCCGUCCGUUCAGCAGCCAACCAGAAUGAGUUCACCUGGCUAAAGAGCCAAAACGACGUCUGGUGCGUCUCGUUUGUGAGCCGUAGCACUUCUCCGGCUGAUCCAGGGCAAACUGAAAGUUGAGCUCACCGGGCAUGUCGACGACGGCCGUCACGGAGGUCCUGAGCUUUUAUCUCCCCUUUUAACAGCCAAAAGUUUGGUUUUCUCAUUGUCCUCCAUCCUGUUUCCUACGAGUUUUCCUCCAUCCUGCAUAAAUGCUCCUGCAGUGACACAACUUCCCAAAGCACGUGGAAUCUUUAUGCAAGCAGCCUUCAUAAUCUUAUUUCUUUUAUCUUACUUUUCUUGAGCCCUGUCUUUGCCUUUCUGGCAUAGCUUCCCUACGGGUGCCAGGGCAGAGCCUUUCUAAUCUUAAGAGUAAAUAAAGAGUGGCCUAAAAGGCUAAUAAGGCCGUCAGUAAAGAUGUCACCUGAAUCCUUUUUUAUGUAUUGAAGUGUCCAGUUUCUUUUGGCCAUCGGCAUGCUGGGUAAAUGAGGGCCUUGCUUGUUGUGCGUUUAAGUUAAAGAGUAUAUGAGAAGCUUGUUGGGUUUCUGAUCUGUGCCCUCUGAACUGCAAAGUGGGAAAGAAGGAAAACGUGUUGGGAAGAAGUUGCCCUACCACCAACGGCAUCAAGUACGCAGUCUUUGAAGGUUUUUUAAAUCUAUAUUCUGUGUCCGAUCAUAAUUUAAGCUCCUGAUUGUAUUUUUGCUGUCUGCCCUAAGAGGAUGUGUCAUAUGAAGGUACUGAUUUCCUUUUCAGCAAGCAGAUAAAACUAGUAUAUUUUAGCUGUUAUUGCUCAUGUAGGAAGCGCGCUGUCAGUUCUGUAUACUGUAUUGGUUUUAAAGGCUUGGGAUUCUGUGAGAAAAAAAAUAAAAUUACAAAUUGAGA